AUGUCGCCGGGCAAUGCCACCCUCGAUGUCACCGCUCAGUGCCACCCCCGCCCUCGAUGUCAUCGAUCAGUGCCAUCCCCACCCCUGAUGUCGCCGGGCAGUGCCAUCCCCACUCCCGAUGUCGCCGGGCAGUGCCACCCCCGCCUUCGAUGUCACCGCUCAGUGCCACCCUCGAUGUCGCCGCUCAGUGCCACCCCCACCCCCGAUGUCGCCGAGGCAGUGCCACCCUCGAUGUCGCCGCUCAGUGCCACCCCCACUCCCCUGUCACCGCUCAGUGCCACCCCCGGUCCCGGUGCCACCCCCGCCGCCCGGGUCCCCGCAGUGUCCCCGCUCGGUGCCACCCCCGAUGCCACCCCCGGGUGUCCUUGUCCCUCUGUUUAUGGCCCCGGUGGCCUUGGGGACGCUAUCGGGGGACAGAUAACGGGGGACAGAUAA